AUGAAUCAGCUUUUUGUGCAAACGGAAAGAAUAGCGGAUCCUCGAGAGGGGCGUCUCCAGGUAGUAUCGAACAUAGAUGUGUGUGUGAAGAUAGCGGAGUUUCUUGGAAGCACACUUGGACCUUAUGGAAUGGAUAAGCUGUUUUCAGGGAAGGAGAUGGUUGUUACGAAUGAUGGAGCAACGAUUCUGAAGCAGAUGAAUGUGAAGCAUCCUGUUGGGAAGCUACUAGUGGGACUUUCUGAGGCACAGGAUAAUGAGGUUGGAGAUGGAACAACGAGUGUUGUGAUACUAACUGCUGAGAUACUGGAUAGUUUGAAACCUUUGAUAAAGGAAGGAUUUGAGCUUGGAGUGAUUAGAGAGUGCCUGAAUGAGCUGCAGGCACUUUGCGUGAAGCACCUAGAUGGAUUAGGAAUGGAGGCGUCUGAAGAGAUGCUGUACAAGCUAGGGGAAACGUGCAUUACGUCUAAAAGCAUAAGGAAUGAAAGGAAGCACUUUUCGAAGAUGAUAGUUGACACAGUCCGGCUUGUUGAUGCAGAUGACAACGAAUCGAUUGGUGUGAAGAAAGUGCAGGGGGGCAGCAUUGGGGAUUCGUUUGUGGUUGAUGGGAUUGCGUUUGAGAAGUGUUUUACAUAUGCAGGGUAUGAACAGCAGCCGAAGAGAAUAGUGAAUCCACGGGUGCUAUGCCUGAAUGUUGAGCUUGAAUGGAAGAGCGAGCGGGACAAUGCGGAAAUCAGGGUUGGGAAUGUUUCUGAGUAUCAGAAGGUGGUUGAUGCGGAGUGGACAAUAAUACGAAGGAAGCUUGAUGAAAUCAUAAGCAGUGGAGCAAAUGUGGUGCUAAGCUCUUUGCCUAUUGGAGAUUAUGCAACGCAGUAUUUUGCAAGGCAUGGGAUAUUUUGUGCAGGCAGGGUGAUGAAGGACGAUCUUAACAGAGUGGUUAGGUCGUGUGGAGGAAGCAUUCUUGGAUCUACAGAAUAUUUAGAAGGAAGUGUUGGAGGAUGUACGCUUUUUGAGGAACGACAAGUUGGAAAAGCAAGAUACAACUUUUUACAGGGAGGAAGUAUGAAUGCAUGUACUAUGAUACUGCGAGGACCUGGAAAUGAAGUUCUUGAAGAGGUUGGAAGAGCUGUGAAUGAUGGAAUAUGUGCAGUCAGGGUUGCAUUGAAGACAGGAAGAGUGGUGACUGGAGGAGGCUCGAUGGAGAUGGAGCUUUCGUGGAUAAUCAGACAGCGAUCGCUUGAGUACAGUAACAAGAAGAUGUUUGUUGCAAAGGCGGUUUCUCAGGCAUUUGAGAAGAUACCACAGCUGCUUGCAAAGAACUUUGGAUUGGACACUAUAAGUGUAGUGCAGGAUCUUAGAAAAAGACAUGCGAAUGGACAGGAUAUGAUGGGGAUAUGUGUAUCUGGGAUUGGGGAUAUGAAAGACCUUGGAGUGUAUGAGCCAUUGGAGGUGAAGAGGAAUAUGGUCAAAGCGUCGUUUAGCGCAGCUCUGUCAAUUAUCAUGAUUGACUCGACGAUAGUUGCAGAGAGAAGUCAAUAA